AUGUUAGAAAUAGUAACCAAUCUGUCAAAGGAUGGCGAAGCGGAGCGUGUGUUUACUGAAACAGUUAAGACAUUCAAACGAUUGGAUGUAUUGGUGAAUAACGCCGGCGACUAUAUUAAGGCCAACGCAACCGAUGAUAACUUUUUGGACGUUUUGAACAGAUCUCUGAAAGUAGAUCUCAAGGCAUCGCUUACUCUCAUCCGACUCUUUGAACCAUAUCUUAAACAAAGCAAAGGAAAUGUUGUCAACAUUUCGUCGGUGUUUACGGAGAGACCGCAAAUAUGUUAUUUGGGAUAUGUAUUAGCAAAACAAGCCCUUGAAAUGAGCACAACUACACUGGCAUUAGAGUUGGGUCCACACGGCAUUCGGGUUAAUAGUGUCGGCGUAGGAGUCGUGGAUUCGCACGAAACACACAGUGAUUCAGGCAAUAAAGUUAUCGCCAAAUCCAUAACAUGUACACCACUGGGACGUGUGGGCACUCCCGGCGAUAUCGCCAAAGGGGUGGUAUUCCUGUCCUCAUCGGACGCCUCAUUCAUAACGGGACACAAUCUGGUGGUCGACGGCGGAUACAAAUAUAAUAAGUCGAGAGACUUUACGGGAAAAGUAGUUUUAGUGACCGGAAGUGCUAUCGGUGUCGGCGAAGCGAUCGCCAAACUAUACUCAGCUUUAGGCGCGAGUGUUGUCAUCACCGGUAGGCGUGAGGAUGGCGUCAAACGGGUGGCCAAAGAGUGUCAAGAAUUGUCGCCCAAUAAACUAAAAGCGUUGAAAUUACCGGCGGAUCUAACAGUUGAUGGCGAAGCGGAGCGUGUGUUCAAUGAAACCAUUAAAACAUUCAAACGAUUGGAUGUAUUGGUGAAUAACGCCGGCGCCGGUUAUGUGAAGGCCAGCGGAACCGAUGAUAAAGUUUUAGAUGUUUUGGACAAAUCACUCGCAAUAGAUCUGCGGACACCACUUACUCUCAUCCAACUCUUUGAGCCAUAUCUUAAACAAAGCAAAGGAAAUAUUAUUAACAUUACGUCUGUGUUUACAAAGAGACCGCAAAAAUAUCAUUUGGGAUAUCAGUUAGGAAAACAAGCCCUGGAAAUGAGCACAACUACACUGGCAUUAGAGUUGGCCCCACACGGCAUUCGGGUUAAUAGUGUUAGCAUCGGAAUCAUAAGGUCGUACACAACACCCGAAACACUUAACGAUCCCAAUGUUGUCAAAGCAUUUGCCGAUUCGGCCAAACAGACACCACUCGGCUAUUUGGCCACUCCUUUCGAUAUCGCCAAAGGAGUGGUAUUCCUGUCCUCAUCGGACGCCUCAUUCAUAACGGGACACAAUCUGGUCAUUGAUGGCGGCCUUCAAUAUAACAUGGAUUCACAGCAUUUUCCAGAUUUUGAUUUUUAG